CCUGCAUAUGACAUUCCCCGGGAAGACGAUUUGGCGCGGACUGUCUGUUGUUGUGUUCAUCUGCCGCCGGCGCCUCGUUGACCAGUUGUCAUUGAGUAAACGUUAAGGGCGAAGAGUUACAGUCAUGGCUCCGGUCUCAAACCCAGACAAAGACAUGGACGGUCCUGACGGCGACGAUGGAGGUAGUCUGGCAAAGUCUCGCUCCAGACGGGAGAAGAGGGAGAAGGUGGGGAGAAAGUCUGCCCUGGAGCAGCUCAAGAAAGCCAAGAUGGGCGAGAAGAUCAAAUAUGAGGUGGAGGAGCUAAUGAGUGUGUAUGAGGAGGUGGACGAGCAGCAGUACUCAAAAAUGGUUCGAGACAGACAAGAGGACGACUGGAUCAUUGACGAUGAUGGGACAGGAUAUGUUGAGGAUGGAAGAGAAAUCUUUGACGAUGAUUUGGAUGAUGAUGUAGUUGAAAAGGACAAAGGAAAAACAGGCACUAAAGGGGCAGAGUCGAAGAAAAGUGUGAAGAAAUCUGUCGUAGCAAAGCCCAACACCAUCAAGAGCCUCUUCAUGAACAGCAACGUCAAAAGACCUGCUGAGAAAGACGUGGACCUGUCCAAAGAUGACCUGUUAGGGGAUAUCUUACAGGACCUUCACUCUGAGAAAUCGACUCCUCUGACUCCUCCACCAGUGAUCACUCUGAAGAAAAAGAAGUCUCUUGGAUCACCCAUGAAUCCCUUUUCUGUCAAGCCCCAGAUGCCAAAGGAGUCACCCUCAGCUGCAGGGUUAAAAGCCAAAGUUAUCAGGCCGCCACCUUCUGAUCCAACCCCAAGGUCAUCAGCCCGCCUCCCUCCCUCCAAACUUCCUCUUCCUGUGGAGAAACAGGAAGCAAAAGUGGAGGAGCUGGAUGAAGAGGAAGCAAACGAUACUUUGGCAUUUGAUGGCGUGGACUUUGAUGAGCCGAUGGAGGUUGGGCUUGAGGAGGAGAAGCCUGCAGUGAAAGAUGAUGCCGAACCUAAAGCAGCAGCACCACCACCACCAGUGGCAGUUAAAGUGGAGCCCAAAGCAGAGCCCCUGGACCCUGUCUUAAUGUCCAGCAGGAUCGGAAGCUCUUGGGGACAAGAGGAGGAAGGUGGAGCCGGCGGGACACCAGCAGAGGUACUGGUCGACUCCAGCCAGCUCCCACUGGUGGAGGGGGCAGACGGGGAGCAGGUUUUCCGCUUCUAUUGGCUGGAUGCUUUUGAAGAACCCUACAGCCAGCCAGGUGUGGUGUACUUAUUUGGAAAAGUGUGGAUUGAGUCUGCAAAGUCUCACGUCAGCUGCUGUGUUACCAUCAAGAACAUUGAGCGGACCAUGUACUUCCUGCCUCGUGAACAUAAGGUGAACACCAAGACUGGGGAGGUGUCCGACACUCCUGUAGGACUGAUGGACGUCUACCAGGAAUUUAAUGAGCUCUCUGAGAAGUACAGGAUCAUGAAGUUCAAGUCCAAGAAAGUGGAGAAGAACUACGCUUUUGAAAUCCCUGAUGUGUCCAGUCAGUGCGAGUACCUGGAAGUCAGAUAUUCUGCUGACUUCCCUGCGCUGCCUUCAGACCUUAAGGGGGCAACAUUUUCCCACAUUUUUGGAACCAACACUUCCAGUCUGGAGCACUUCCUCCUCAGCAGGAAGAUUAAAGGACCUUGCUGGCUGGAUGUGAAAACACCACAGCUGAUCAGCCAGCCAGUCAGCUGGUGUAAGGUGGAGGCUCUGGCCCUGAAGAGUGACCUGGUCACUGUGGUCAAAGACCUCGCGCCUCCACCCAUCACUGUCAUGUCCAUCAGCCUCAAGACUGUCCAGAACACCAAGACACACCAAAACGAGAUUGUGUCCCUGGCUGCACUGGUCCACUAUCAGUUCCAUAUGGACAAAGCUGCACCUCAGCCUCCGUACCAGACUCAUUUUUGUGUGGUCAGUAAACCAUCUGACUGUAUUUUCCCCUACGACUUCAAAGAGGCUGUGAGGAAGAAGAAUGGGAAAGUGGAGAUAGCAGCUACAGAGCGAACUCUGCUUGGCUUCUUCCUGGCCAAGAUGCACAAAAUCGACCCUGAUGUGCUGGUGGGUCACGACAUCUUUGGGUUUGACCUGGAAGUGAUUCUGCAGAGGAUCAAUGUGUGCAAGGUUCCACACUGGUCUAAGAUGGGACGCCUCCGGAGGGUCAAUAUGCCCAAACUCGGGGGUCGUAGUGCCUUUGCAGAGAAGAGCGCCACCUGUGGCCGUCUGGUGUGCGAUGUGGAGAUCUCAGCCAAGGAGCUGAUUCGCUGUAAAAGCUACCACCUGACUGAACUGGUCGCACAGGUGCUGAAGAUGGAGAGAGCCACAGUCCCUCAGGAAAACAUCAAGAAUCUCUACAGUGACUCUCCUCAUCUGCUCUACCUGUUGGAGCUGACGUGGACGGACGCCAAGCUGAUCUUGCAGAUAAUGUGUGAGCUCAACGUGCUGCCGCUGGCCCUGCAGAUCACCAACAUUGCUGGCAAUGUGAUGUCCCGUACUCUGAUGGGCGGCCGCUCUGAGAGGAACGAGUUCCUCUUGCUUCACGCCUUCCACGACAAAAACUACAUCGUCCCCGAUAAACCGUCCUUCAAAAAGGCCCAGCUGGAGAUGGUGGAGGGGGAGGAAGAUGUGGAUGCAGGGAAAGGCAAGCGGAAGAAGAAGGCAGCCUAUGCUGGAGGUUUGGUGCUGGAUCCUAAAGUGGGUUUCUAUGACAAAUUUGUGCUGCUGCUGGACUUCAACAGCCUGUAUCCUUCAAUCAUCCAAGAGUUCAACAUCUGCUUCACCACUGUGCAGAGGGAGGCCCGCAACACGCAGAAGAAGAGCGAGGAGGACGAGCCAGAGGAGAUUCCCGAGAUUCCAGAUUCAAACCUGGAAAUGGGAAUCCUGCCCAAAGAAAUCAGGAAGCUGGUCGAGCGACGUAAACAGGUCAAACAGCUGAUGAAACAGCAGGACAUCAACCCAGAUCUCUACCUGCAGUAUGACAUUCGUCAGAAGGCUCUGAAGCUGACUGCUAACAGUAUGUAUGGCUGCCUGGGAUUCAGCUACAGCCGCUUCUACGCCAAGCCGCUUGCUGCCCUGGUUACACACAAGGGAAGAGAGAUUCUGAUGCACACCAAAGACAUGGUUCAGAAGAUGAAUCUGGAAGUCAUCUACGGAGACACUGACUCCAUCAUGAUCCACACCAACAGCAGGUCUCUGGAGGAAGUCUACAAACUUGGCCAUAAGGUGAAGGCAGAAGUGAACAAGCUCUACAAACUGCUGGAGAUCGACAUCGACGGCGUGUUUAAGUCACUUUUGCUGCUGAAGAAGAAGAAGUAUGCUGCCUUGGUGGUGGAGAACCACAGUGACGGGCGAUACAGCGUCAAGCAGGAGCUCAAAGGCUUAGACAUCGUACGCAGAGACUGGUGUGACCUGGCCAAGGAAUGUGGAAACUUUGUAAUCGGUCAAAUCUUGUCGGACCAGAAUCGCGACGUCAUCGUGGACAACAUCCAGAAACACCUGGUGGAGGUGGGAGAGAAAGUAGCAGCUGGAGACAUACCACUCAACCAGUAUGAGAUACACAAGGCUCUGACUAAAGACCCUCAGGACUACCCAGAUAAGAAGAGCCUCCCUCACGUCCAUGUGGCUCUGUGGAUCAACUCCCAGGGCGGUCACCGGGUCAAAGCAGGAGAUACAGUCUCCUACAUCAUUUGCAAGGACGGCUCCACCCUGGCAGCCAGUCAGAGAGCCUACGCCCUAGAGCAGCUCCAGAAGCAGGAAGGUCUCAGUCUGGACAGUCAGUACUACCUUUCCCAGCAGAUCCACCCUGUGGUGUCUCGCAUCUGUGACCCCAUUGAGGGCAUCGACAGCGUGCUCAUAGCCACGUGGUUGGGUCUGGACCCGAGUCAGUUCCGGGCUCAGCAGCAGUACCAGAGGGAGGAGGAAGCUGAUGGCAUGCUGGGAGCUGCUGUCCAGCUGACUGAUGAGGAGCGCUACAAAGACUGUGAGAGAUUCACCUUCACCUGCCCUCAGUGUGGCACUGACAACAUCUACGACAGCGUCUUUGAAGGAGCUGGAUCAAGUCUGGAGCCCAGCUUGAUGCGAUGCUGUCACAUCCCCUGUGGGAGCCACCCCAUCGAAUACGGCGUCAACCUCAGCAACAGACUGCUUCUUGACAUCCGUCGGCAUGUCAAAAAAUACUACUCUGGCUGGUUGGUGUGUGAGGACCAGACCUGCCAGAACAGGACCAGACGUUUGCCAAUUGCCUUCUCUCGCCACGGACCCAUCUGCCCUGCCUGCACCAGGGCCACUCUGAGACCCGAGUACUCCGAGAAGGCUCUGUACAACCAGCUCUGCUUCUACAGGUUCAUCUUUGACUGGGACUAUGCAGUUGCCAAAGUACUCCCGAGUGAAGAGAGAAAUCGUACAAAGCCCUGGAGCAGACAUAGAGAAGUGUAUCAGAAGCUGAAGGAAGUGCUAGACAAAGCCUUGGCCACCAGCGGCUACUCGGAGAUCAACCUGGCCAAACUCUUCCAGGCCUUCUCCUCCCUCAAGUAAAACAACACACGCCUGUAAAGACGACAGCGCCAACGAGCGCCAACAUCGGACUCGGAGUCUGAGAUUUGCACUUCGGACUGCAUCUGUCUUCUCUGUUACUGGUGUCCGGUUGUAGCAGGAUUGGUGAUUUUAGGCUUUGACCUCUUAACCCCCGUAUUGUCUUCCCUGAAUCUGCUGGGCCUGUUAUGUGACAUGAAACCCAAUCACACCUCUUCCCUUCUUCCAUUUGUUCACACAGACACUCGUGACUUGACCCCAUCACCCUGACUCUGUAUGGUAAAGGGGUGCAGCAAUCAUACCUAAGUGACAGUCUAUUGUGUAUAUGUGUGGAGGCUAGCUGUGCCCAGGUGUGUGUGUGUGUGUAAAAAUGGCCUAUCCUCUUCUCAGAGCAGCCAGUAUGCUCCAAAAGCCGCUAAUUAGCCAAUGAUAGUGACCCCGGCCACUAAGACCACUGGUUGCCUGCAGCGAUCGGACACUUGUUCUGAUUACCACCAUUCAUGCCGAGUGUAUGUUCCCCCCGUGUGUGUGUGUGUGUGUGUGUGUGUGUGUGUGU